CGUCUCUAAUUCCACUCCCUGUCCACUGCCCACUGUCCACUCGCAUCCAUCUAAUAUCUUACCUCACCUUGCCUACCUACCUUACAAUACCUACCAGCCCAGCCCAGCCAGCCUACUCAUUUUGUACUUAUUUCUCUCCAUGUACAGGCGUACACCUAGAUUGGAUAUCUAAAACAUACCUGAUUACAAAGAGGUUCUAAGAGAAUCUUGAAGAAUUGCAUUCAGCUUCAGAUCCUCUCAAGCCUUCUCAUUGUCAUAUACACCAAUUCCUUCCUCCUACUCGACUUUUCACCCCACUCGACGAAGAGAAAGAGAAAAGAGAGAGGAAGAAAAAGAGUCAGUCCUACUGACCAUAGCGCCAAACCACUGUACGACCCUGACGUCUUACUCUUCUCUCCCGCUAGAAACCCAGUCCCAUUAGGCAACACUGCUGCUUCGCACCAUUCCCUUCCACCUGGCCACAACCGUCAAAACGUGGGAACGUGGAAAAUUGUCAUGUGAAAUAUUCGGUUUCAUACCCAUUUGUUAUGUUAGAUACAUGACUUCCUAUGAGGUCUUUUAUUGUUUUAUUGAACAAAUGUGACUGUUUCUGAGAGAAGAUAAGACUAUUUUACCAUCCAAGUUUUAUUUCUGACACGGAGUUCGGAGUUCGAUUACAUUUUUUGAAAGAGAACCUACCUACCUACCCAGGUACCUCGUAAAUCAUGGCGUCUAGCUCCUCGGGAAAGCCGCCACGAGUCCUUGCUUGCGUUUUAUGUCAAAAUAGAAAGAUCAAGUGUGACCGCAAGAGUCCCUGUUCUAAUUGCAUCAAGGCCAAUGUUCCGUGUACCCCAAGCACUCCAGCCCCUGCGCGCAAGAGGAGGAGACCCAAUCAAGAUCUACAGCAGAGACUUGCUCGAUGUGAGGAGCUUUUAUCCGAAUAUGCCACAGCAAAGCCUACUGCUUCCACCUCAUCCGGCGAGUCUCCAAGCCAUGACGAGAGUUGGAAACCCGCCGGGAAACUCAUAGUCGACGGCGGUGGCGGCGUAAAGUUCAUAGAUAGUUUCUUAUGGGCUACCAUCCAUGGUGAACUCUCGGCAAUGCGCGAGAUACUCGAGGAUGAGGAGACAAUAGACGACCCCUCUACGCCAGCCGAUUCACAAUCUUCCGAUCUCGACGCAGGCUUAAUAUUAUCAGAUACUUCCAAUAUUAAUUUACAAGAGCUACAUCCGCAACCAGCCCAUGUCUUCCGGCUAUGGCAGAUUUUCCUCGAGAGAGUCGACCCAAUAACCAAAGUUAUACACGUCCCUACGGUCCAACCUCUUCUCGUUGAGGCUGCGACGAGUAGGGCAAAUAUACCUAAGAACAUCGAGGCCCUCCUAUUCUCCAUCUAUCUAAUGGCGGCGGUUUCUUUAACUGACGAAGAAUGCGUGGAACGAUUUGGGUACAGCAGGGAAACCGCCUAUAACCGCUUCUCUACUGGUUGUCGAUCUGCCUUGAUGCGCAUCGGUAUCUUGAAGAACUACGAUCUCGUAGUCCUACAAGCCAUGGUCUUACUCCUGUUCUCCCUUCCCGGUCGUUACGACCGCCACGCAGCGUGGAUAUUAAACGGUGUAACGGUAAGAAUUGCGCAGAAGAUGGGGCUCCAUAGAGACGGCGAAUUCCUUGGGCUCCCUCCAUUUGAGACCGAGAUGCGGCGGCGCAUAUGGUGGCGUAUUAUUUUACUUGACGCCAUGUAUGCGCUGGCGUCUGGCCUCGGCCAUUCUCUCCUUCCACGUUCGUGGGAUACUAAACCACCCCUAAACAUUAAUGACUCAGACCUAUAUCCCACCAUGACAACAAUUCAACCCCGAGACAGCCCAACAGACAUGAUCUUCUGUCUAAUAUGUUGCGAGAUCGCGGCUGUCCUAACUGACACACCCGACCUCCAUCUUGUCAUCCUGCAGAAUGAGACAGGAGCGAACGCGCCGGAUCCCGAUCGAGUUGAAAAGGCAUCUCGACGUAUCGACGAGCUAGACAGAUCUAUGACAGAACUUCUCAAUAAAUAUAGCGACCUCUCAAUGGGCCCUAUCCAUAUAUUAGCGACCGUGUCUAAAGCAGGGAUGAUUGACAAGCUUCGGGAACUCAUUCGACCGAUGAGGGACCAACCAGAAUGGGGUACCGAAAUCCUAUCUUUCAAGGAUUAUUUAUUCAAAUUAUCACUCUCCACAGCGGAACAGAACUUGAUCAUGUAUCGAUCACCUCAAACUAAGGGUCUUUUCCUAUGGUUUAUGAUGUCUCAUUUUCAAUCCGAAAUUUUUACAUACAUGCUUGGGCAAUUAUGCUGUCGAACGUCCGGGCAAUUGGUGGAAAGGGCAUGGGCGGUCGUGGACACCGUCUACGAAUUUCACAUGGAGCUCUAUGAUCUCUCAGUCAAAGCGCAUUUGGCUUCAGCAAUAUUCGCAAUCCGUGCUUGGAAAGUGCGGGAAAGAGUGCUACGAGAGACAACUGGUUCCAAUCCAGAGACGCCAACUUAUAUACAAAAGCUGCAACAGCUCCUACCACCUGAUGAAGCCAAGCACACGCGUAUUGAUGAGCCUCCUGACUUAACGAAUUUAAGAGUUAGCCCGGAACCUCCACAGCCCAUUGUAGAUGUCGCCUGGGAUCAGAUGCUCGGAUUUGUUGACGCGGGAUCUAUCGAGUGGGGGGAUAUGUUUGCGACACCCAGCGGUGGACAAACGCAACCGAAUUACGGGGGAUACGGGACAGGAUUCGGGAGCAAUGGGAUCAAUUGGAUGUAGAUGCUCCCAGUCAAAUGAGUCUUUUCGCUUUGUCAUUCCAAGGGUAUCCGAACAGGAUUCUUUGUCCGCUUUGGCUCGGGAUAGCGUCGUCGUUCCAAUCAUCGGAGGUCUAGCGAUGGGAAAUGCGCUUUGUCUGCACUCCGAGAUAUUGCGGACCGGAAACAUACAUACACAAUAGCCACUAAAGUGAGUGGUAUGAUGCGACACAGCAGCGUGGCGCUGGAACGUUUUAGCUAUCCCGGUAUCUACCUCCUUAACGGUCGCAGCAACUUUUCCCCUCAGAUCAUUUAUUUCAUUGUAUACCUAGGUAGAACCAAUAAAUAUUACCCACCUCCCUAA